CCCAGCUGUGUUCAAGAGUUUAUUCCUGGCACAAGGAUAGAAUCUGGUGGGCUCAGUUGACCAUAUGUUGUAUGGAUGACGGAACUCAGUUGCAGAAGGAGUGAUGACUACCCCUGUUCUACAGCCCACUAAGGCCCUGUCCCCAGAAGCUGAAGCCAGCACAGCACUCAUUGCAGUUGUUAUCGCCGUGGUCUUCCUCACCUUGAUCUCAGUCGUGACCUUGAUCUUCUUUUACCUGUACAAGAACAAAGGCAGCUACAUCACCUAUGAACCUGCAGAAGGCGAGCCCAGCGCCAUCCUCCAGAUGGAGAGUGACUCAGCCAAGAGCAGGGAGAAGGAGGAGUAUUUCAUCUAA